UCUUGAAUGUUUCUGGUCUCUCCCUUGAAACAAUGACUUGGGUUCAUUUUCAAUUGUGUCCCACUGGAUCUUUCCCAAUCAUUGGGAUGUAUAAAAACAUCCCUUAUCUAUGAGACGCCCCAUUAUGAUGUAUUAUUAUAGAAUUUGAAUAAUAUAUUAAAAUUGAAAAAUGCGUGCUGCCAAAAUGAAAACUAUAAUUUCCCUUCCUCUGUCACUUUUCGUAGUUUUCGUUUAAAAUGUGUGGUUAGCUUUUUUUUAAUAUGAGUAAUACUAUUAUCUACAAUUUAUAAUGAAAUUAGAACAUUACAUGGCGAAAGAUAAAGUAACUAAAAACCAUUUCAACUCAUUAAAGUUUAAUUGGUGGCCUAAUUAUUAAUGGAACAAGCCUGCAAUAAGGUGAUUCACAGUUUAAAUGAACGUAACAAAUAGUAAUAUUAGGGCACUUUAUACAAUGAUCUCAGACAGAUAACAUUUAUUAUUAACGUUCCCGAAUGUACAAUACCAAAAAUGGCUAAGUCAACAUAUAGCAAAGUGGAUGAGUAUGGUUUUGAAAGGCCCCCUAGCUUUAACUAUGAUGUAUAUGAUACCUUUAUGUCCAAAUACAUUAGGAUACUUACAAGAAGAUCUCAGCGAUGGAGUACUUUAAAAGGUGACAAAUAUAAGAAGACCAGAACUUUGAAAAGGUUUGUAAGAAAAGGAAUACCAGCAGAUCAUAGAGUGGCAGCUUGGAUGUCCAUUUCUGGGGCAUUAGAACUUAAGGACACCAGUCAGAAAAGUUAUGCACAGUUGAAGAAGAAUUUUACUAAUCAACAUGUGUUGGAAAGUAUUAAAGUGGAUUUGCCCAGAACAUUUCCAGAUAAUAUUUACUUUACAAACCAUGAAUACCUUCCUAGUCAUUUAUACAAUGUAUUGGCAACAUUUGGCCACCAAAACACUGAUGUAGGUUAUUGCCAAGGCUUGAAUUACAUAGCUGGUUUGUUGUUGUUGGUAACCAAAGAUGAAGAAUGUUCUUAUUGGCUAUUAAAAUGUUUAGUAGAGAAAAUACUUCCCCCAUAUUAUAUAGUCACUAUGUCAGGAUUAUUGACUGAUUUGGAUGUGCUCAAUGAGUUGGUACGUGUCUCAGAACCACAAAUCUUUCACCAUGUGCACAAAAUAGGCAUGCCUUGGGCCAUGGGUAUUACAAAGUGGUUUGUGUGUGUUUAUUCUGAGGUGCUGCCUACUGAAACUGUACUGAGGAUUUGGGACUGUUUGUUUUAUGAAGGUUCUAAAAUCUUAUUUAGAGUAGCUAUUACUCUGAUCAAAUUGCACAAGCAGGAUAUAUUGCAAACCAAGGAUCUUGGUGACCUGAUUACAUGUUUUAAAAACAUGAGGAAUCAUGAACAUGUUAUAGAUUGUCAUCAGUUUAUGGAGGAUGUGUUUUCACUGUCAGGAAAUAUAUCUAAUUCUAAGAUAGAAAAGCUUAGGAAAAGGUUUGAAAAGAAGGAACAAAGUUGAACAAAAGACAUUUUCUAGUCAUUUAAGUUUUAUUGAUUUCCUUUUUUAUACUACUAUAUACACUCUAUUAUUAAAUAUAUACAUUGCAAAUUA